GUCGAUGACUUACUCCUGGGUAAACGUGCACAGGAUCGUGCCACAGUUUGUAAAACAAACAUGAGGCGCGCUGGAAGCAGGUGGUGCGUAUUAAAGUGCGGGUGGGCGUGGCUGCUUUCUGUGCACUGCGCCGCAAGCGGCUGAUCCAGGAAGUGCAGGCUGCACGUGCGCUGAGGCACUCGGAUCUCGCCCCGGCUGCAGCCUGGUGCGACAAAUAGGUUCGCGGAUAGCCGGUCGGAGUGCCCCGGCUCAGCUUUCGUGCCGGAAGCAAGCUCCUGGAGCAUGAGGGCAGCGGCAUUGCGCAGGCCACGGCUUUCGGAGAUCUCUCCUGCAAAGCGCCCACGGGCGUCCCUGCUGCUCGCUGCAUCGCCGGCCUCGCAAAAUCUCGCCUGCGCAGGGAGACAACGACCACUUGCAACUUCGCCUUGCCCAAAGGCGUUGCAUUACGCGGAGCAAUGCGGAUUCGCCGAGCUCGGGAGUUUAGAGGGAAGGUCCCCAUUGGUCCAGGAUCGGGGAAAGGGGCGGCGCAAAGCCCGCGCUCACACGGGCCGCGAACCGUGCAACGUGGGCGCGAGCGGCGCCUGCAGCAGCAGCGGUGGGGUAACUCAGCGCCGCAGACCUACUUCAAGCCCUGCUGUGAACUUAGCCUAUGGAAAGUUACCAGAAGGGUUUUCCAGUCCUUGAAAGAGUCUAAACUUCUGUCUCUUAUCAGUGCCGUCAGUUUUGCCAUCUCUGCGUCUUCCAAGAUUUCCAUCAGGCGGUCUUCCUUUGAAGGCAAACUAGGUAUGUCAGAAGUUCUCCCUUCUCCAGAUCAAAUUCAGAAGUCAUCUAAUGCGGGUUGAGAUACACAGAAGAAGAAAAACAGACAUCAAUUUAAGAUGCCAAGCCUGAGCUCUGCAUGGAGCUGUCAAGAGUGCCAAUGAUGCCCCCUCGCCUCACCCAAACCUGAACCCUCAUCUACUGAGACUAUUGGGAGGGAAUAAAAUGGUGCAUAUGUUUCUGAUGAUGUGAAAUUCUUACAUUGCCUGUGAAGAAAGCACGAAAGGAGUUAUAAGAGCCUAUUUUUAGCUAACUUGCUAGCAUCCAUGAGAUGUUUCCUAGUGGAACAUUUCUGAUACGAUGGAGAUUCUGCUUCUGAAGGGACUAUUCAUGGUGCUGGCCAGCUGCUUCAUAGGGCUCUUCUACUAUCAACACCCACUAGUCUCUGUGAGCGGGGAAAGAUCAGGCUACAAAAAACCCAAUUUCAUAAUAAUUUUAGCAGAUGAUAUUGGAUGGGGAGAUCUUGGGGCCAACUGGAACCUGAGAAAAGACACGCCUCACUUGGAUAAGGUAGCGACGGAAGGCAUGAGAUUUCUCGAUUUCCAUUCAGCGGCAUCCACCUGUUCCCCAUCACGAGCCUCUCUGCUUACAGGCCGCCUUGGCCUUCGCAAUGGAGUGACUCACAAUUUUGCUGUCACCUCGGUGGCCGGCCUCCCGUUGAACGAGACAACCUUGGGAGAUGUUCUGAAGGAAGCUGGCUACCUCACUGCUGCGAUAGGAAAAUGGCACUUGGGACACAACGGCCCUUAUCACCCCAACUUUCGUGGUUUUGAUUACUACCUGGGGAUACCCUAUAGCCAUGAUAUGGGCUGCACUGACACACCGGGCUAUAACCUCCCUCCUUGCCCAGCUUGCCCCCGGCACUCUGCAGCAAUGAGGAAACAUCAGAAAGACUGUUAUCCUGAAAUAGCACUACCUCUUUUUGAAAACCUCACAAUUGUCCAACAGCCCGUGGACCUAACCAGCCUGGCUGCCAAAUACACAGAGAAGGCGAUUCAGUUCAUUCAGUAUGCAAGCCGGAGUGGACACCCAUUCUUCCUAUAUAUCGCCCUGGCUCAUAUGCAUGUGCCUUUGACGUUGGCUCAGCCAACAUGGGACCUGCCUGGACAAGAUCCAUACGGAGCAAACCUGAGGGAGAUGGAUGCCCUGGUGGGACGAAUAAAAGAUGAAGUUGACAACACCGUGAAGGAAAACACACUCCUCUGGUUCACAGGAGAUAAUGGGCCUUGGGCUGAGAAGUGUGACUAUGCGGGCAGUGUCGGUCCCUACACGGGGAGAUGGCAAACAAGAAGAGGCGGGAGCUCAGCAAAGCAAACAACCUGGGAAGGGGGUCACCGGGUUCCCACGCUUGCCUACUGGGCAGGGAAAAUCCCGGCAAAUGCCACGAGUCCUGUGAUGUUGAGCACUUUAGAUAUAUUCCCUACCUUGGUGUCUCUGGCAAAUGCAAGCCUCCCUCCCAACAGACAGUUUGAUGGUAUGGAUGUGUCUGAGGUCCUCUUCGGGCGGUCAAACAAAGGACACCAGACGUUGUUCCAUCCCAACAGUGGGGCUGCUGGAAAAUAUGGAGAGAUACAAGCUCUUCGGGUGGACCAGUACAAGGCAUUUUAUCUCACAGGUGGUGCCAAGGCCUGUGAUGGGAGCAUUGGGAAGGAACGGCGCCAUCAGCCACCUCUCAUUUUUAACUUACAGCAGGACAUCCAGGAGGCAGCACCACUGGACACUGAGACUGCGGAGUACCGUGCUGUCCUGCCAGUGGCAAACAAGGCUCUCCUGGACAUUCUGUGGAAUAUUGCAGCAGACAAUGUCUCUACAGCGGACUACUCUCAUGACCCAGCUGUGACACCCUGCUGCAACCCACAGCAUUUGGUCUGCCGGUGCCAGUUGGCUUAUUCCAACUCAUCCCAGAGAUGCUGAGCCGAUACGGAAAGUGAAGCCUACAAGACUCAAGGCAGGAUGGUCCACAACAUAUGAAGGAAAAUAAGGGAGGCAAUUCUCAUUGUGGAUCUCCUGACACGAUUCUCUGAAAAUAGCAACUGAGGCAUGGUGUACAGUAGAAAGAAAAAGGGAUUCUAUUUGCAAGCAGAUGCAGCAGUUCCACUGGUAAAACUUAAUCAAGGCUGACAUCUUUAGGGCUCCGUUCAAAACAACAAGACAGAACGCAAGGCGACAGCUGCUGCUGCUGACACGAUGGUGACUUUAUUAACAGGCUGGUCCUACCUCAAGAGCCCAGCGAUGGAAGAGCAGCUCCAUCACUAGCACGACUGCUGCCCGGCCAGCACUUGCUCACUGCACCUGCCCAUUUCCCCUUGGGUAAUGCUUCUACCUGCACCACCAUUUUAUACUGAUGCCUGCCCUGCAGGUCUUUUCCUCCCCCCAGCCCCACAUGCAAAUAGCAAAGCUGGGGGGCUGAGCAUCUUGCUGGUAUGGCAAAGCUACCAGCAAUAGGACUGGGUUGGGAAGGAAUGGGGGCACGGGCUGCAGUUGCCCAGAACCCACAAAAGCCAAAGCUACGAGUCAGUUUUAUCAUUUUCGUUUUGGUCACUUAAUCCAAACACACAUUCAAAGGACCAAACAGAUGCCCUUAAACAUGCCUCUUUCUGACAUUUGAAGGAUUUCUUCCAUCUCGGAGGCAUUGCUGAAGCUGUGAAUGCAGAAAUCCAGACUUGAACUCUGAGCAUGCCCUCCUCUUGGGAAGAAAAGAGGGUUUGGGUGGGAAUCAAUUAAAUGGUCUGGAAGCAUCUGCAGCUGUAGCACUGCUGAACCUCCGCAGGAAUGGACCUGCUCAGUCAGUUCCCUGGGCCUGGGA